CUGCUCUCCUCCCACUGCACAAGGGUCCGAACCAAGUUUGGAGAUCCCCUGCACUGUCUACUUCCGCCCUGGCUUUGCUCUGUCUGACUACCUACAACAACACAUUGCGCUACGCGGUUCACUCUGGAACGAAACGAUGCCACCAAAUGUCCAAUUAUCCCUCUCCAACUCGCAGGUGGGAAGAAAGUUCAAGAAUUUCUCAGUCAUAAAGCGGUUCAUACGCGAUGCAGACGCGCGAGGCGUGGAUGUCGAUGUGGUCGCUGGACGACUCUAGUCUGUUUAGGAACACCAAGCUUCGUGAGGGUGGUGGGAGUAACGUAUACAAGGAAGAUAUACCACCGUUUUUAGAGAUGCUUCCCGUGCAAGAUCGGGAGGCAUGGACUGCUAUGCAGUUGAUUCUCCCUCCACGGGGCGUAGGGCCCCACCUCAUUCGCGUUGGGGGGAACUUCAGGACCGAAAGGAGGGAACAAGGCGGUCCGCUCCGAGAUGAUGAUUUCCGAGUUGAAUAUCUUCGGAUGGGCUUUGUUGUCUCGCGAGACUGGUGUGCGUGAAUGAGGGAUGCAGGGUGGUUAGCGAGGACUAAAAGUGUAGAAAGUAAUGAAGGA